AUGGAAAAAGUGAUAAACCGCCACAUUAGGGACACAUAUUUAGAUAUCAACCCCCUUAGUGCAAGCAAACACGCGUUCAUGAAGAGUAAAUCAACAACAACGGCCCUAAGCACCCUAGAGGCAAAGAUCGAGGAAACUCUGGAACACCAGGAAUUCCUGGCAGGGGUCUUCAUGAACAUACAAGGUGCCUUUGACAAUGUGAGUUACAACUCCAUAGAUGCUGCAGUCAGAAGCAGGGGCAUCUCCCCCGACUUAGCAGCUUGGAUUAACGCUCUGCUCAAGAGCAGGGAGGUGACAGCAGAAUUGGGCGGCUACUCUACAGCUAUCAUAGCUUGA